UGAUAAGCGAUUCCGUUUUAAGGAAUGUUCCUGUUUCACAUUGUUCAAAUAUAACAUUUGAAAGCUACAGGCCAUCUCUUUAAUAUUCGCAUUGACAUUUGCCCUUGUUAAAGAUGGAGCGAAUUCAACGUCAUCAGUACUGGCCGCCCUCAUCAUUCCUGUCUCGCCAGUCCUGUAUAUACUGUAAUAGUAUUUACUAUUCUAGGGCCUAAAGAUGGCGAGUACCGGGGGCCCUGCUGGCUCUGCCUCGCUGGCCACCCUAUGGAGCGAUGUGAAUAAAGCCGGCCAGAACGGGGAUUUCACUCGGGCCCUAAAGUCUAUUAAUAAGAUAUUACAGACGGUGAAGGACGAUGUUAAAGCCCUGCACUGUAAGGUGGUUUGUCUUAUCCAGAGUGGAAGCUUUAAGGAAGCCCUUACUUUAAUUAACAACAAUUCUAAAGUGCUUACAAGUGAUAUAAUAGCUUUUGAAAAGGCUUAUUGUGAGUACAGACUAAAUAAAAUUGAAAAUGCCUUGAAAACUAUAGAAAAUGCCCCUCAAAAAACAGAAAAACUAAAGGAACUCCAGGGACAAGUGCUAUAUAGAUUGGAGCAUUAUGAAGAAUGUUUAUCUGUUUAUCGAGAUAUAAUUCGGAAUUCUCAAGAUGAUUAUGAUGAAGAGAGACAAACAAAUAUGUCUGCUGUGGUGGCUGCUAUGAGUAUUUGGGGGAUGGGGAUGCCAGAGGACUUUGGCUUGCAGGAGACGUCCUAUGAACUUUGCUACAAUGCAGCCUGUACUUUAAUAGGUCAAGGCAAGCUGAGGCAAGCAAUGAAAAAGCUGCAAGAAGCUGAAAAGCUCUGCAGACAAUCCAUUUCAGAAGACACCGACUUGACAGAAGAGGACAUAGAUGCUGAAUUGGCCAUAAUACAUGGUCAGAUGGCUUAUGUCAUGCAGCUACAAGGCUCCAUAGAUGAUGCUCUUAAGCUUAAUAAUCAAAUCAUCAAGUUAAAGCCCACUGAUGUUGGAUUGUUGGCUGUUGUGGCAAAUAACAUCAUAACAAUUAACAAGGACCAAAAUGUGUUUGACUCAAAGAAGAAAGUGAAGCUCGCUAAUGCUGAAGGAGUAGAACACAAGCUGGCUAAGCAACAACUCCAGGCUAUUGAGUUUAACAAGGCUUUACUCUCCAUGUAUACAAAUCAGGCAGAGCAAUGUAGAAAGCUGGCCACCAGUCUACAGGCUCAGGACCCUGAGCAUUUACUUCCUGUGCUCAUUCAGGCUGCCCAGCUGUGUCGUGAGAAGCAGCAUUCAAAGGCUAUAGACCUGCUACAGGAAUUUGCAGAGCAACAUCCAAGUACCGCACCCCAAAUCAAACUAACAAUGGCACAGUUGAAACUUGUACAAGGUAAUGUAACCAAGGCAUGCAUGAUAAUGAAAAGCAUAAAAGAAAUGGAGCAUAGACCUGGCAUGGUGUCUGCACUGGUAACUAUGCACAGCCACGAUGAGGAUAUUGACAGUGCCAUAGAAGUAUUCAAUCAGGCUAUUAGCUGGUACCAGGAAAACCAACCAAAUUCUCCAACACACUUGUCUCUAAUUAGAGAAGCUUCCAACUUCAAAUUAAAACAUGGACGGAAGAAAGAGGCAGUCAAUGACCUUGAGCAACUAUGGAAACAGAACCCCAAAGAUAUUCAUACUUUGGCCCAGCUCAUCUCUGCAUAUUCCAUUGUGGAUGCUAACAAAGCAAAAGUUCUUAGUGAACAUUUGCCUUCUUCUGACACUAUGCGUUUAAAAGUGGAUGUAGAUGCCUUAGAAAAUUCCACUGGAGCUACUUUUAUUCGGAAAAAGGCAGCUAAAGUGGCUGGAGAGCAAGCCAAAGAACAAGGACAGGUGGAACUUAAGAAAAAGAAAAAGAAGAAAAAAGGCAAAUUACCCAAGAAUUGUGAUCCCAAAGUUACCCCAGAUCAUGAACGAUGGCUUCCCAUCCGAGAACGGUCAUACUACCGUGGUAAAAAGAAGGGGAAGAAGGGGAAGGAACAGAUAGGCAAAGGGACCCAGGGUGCCACAGCAGCUGCAACUGCUGAAUUUGAUGCAAGUAAAACAGCCAGCAGUCCCCCAACAUCUCCAAGACCUGGCAUGGCAGCAACAAAUGCCCCUUCAUCUUCUACCAGCAACGUCAUUCCCCCUAGACACCAGAAGCCAAUGGGAGCUGCUGGAACGAAGAAGAAGCAGCAGCAAAAGAAAAAGAAAGGAGGAAAGGGUAGUUGGUGAAUGUCCAUUUCAUUCUGGUCUCCAAACCAUUAAUGCACUGUCAAAGAACUGCAUCCGACUACAAAUUGUCUUACCACAUGCUGCUUGAUACAUCCACAUUGUUACCAAGUUUAAAAGGAUCAUACCUUGGAAGAAAAUACAAUCAUAAUUGUAAUUUGUAACGGUCAUCAACCAUUAUUGCAAUUGCUGCUUGUUUUUUUUGUUUUUUGGGGGAUUUUUGUUUUGUUUUGUUUUUGUUUUUCUUUCAAUCACACACACCUCUUUAUUUUGGUUUUAUUUUUCAUCCUUUAUUCCUCCAUAAUAUUUGUUAAAAAAAACUCUUCAUCAUGAAGUCUUUUCAGUUGUAGAAAACUGUAAUCAUUAACUUAAUGGUGCAUUAAAGCAAUCGCUUUCAA